AUGUCUUACAUUGUUGAUGUUAAUUCUGAUCGCGUGGCUGAGUUGGAACACCAGAUCUUGGACAUACUCCAUGAUUCUGAUAAAUGUUUUGGGGAGAGCAUGAAGGCUUUGUUGGCUCUGGUUCUGACCUGGGACUGCACUGUCAGAGUCUUUGCUGAAGACCAGAGAAUACAGGAGCCAUUUUCUGGGAGCCUAAACAGAAACCAGGAGGAGGACCAGAUGGGAGAUGAGGAGUCAUGGACCCAGUGUGCCCCAGGGCCUGUUCCCAUGCUAAAGCUAUUUGUCUUUGUAUCCUUCAUAGCUUGCCCCACUCCUCUGCAGCAGAAGGCCCUGUUCCUGGGGCCGACUGGAGGGACGCGUUCAGUGUGUUCACUAGAUCCAGCCGUCGGUCCCUCGAAUCUGCUCGCGCUCGGCAGCGGCGACGCGGAUGGCAGGAGGUGUCUGGUCAGCAGGUUGCUGAGGAUCCUGCGGGUAGCAAAGGGAGGGCGAGUGCCCCUGCAGCCCCAGACAGCAACCAGAACACGCAUCACUGUUAGAACCAUCACCCUGCAGCUAGCUUGGACACCAUUAAAAGGGCUCAUCAGCUGCAAACGGAUAGAAGUUUCUGUUAUUCGCGAAGACACAGUUUCAGGGCUUCUACCUGGAGCUACCCACCCUCCAGAAGCCCCUGCUUGGCCUCCCUGCACCCCACCCCACACCAACCAGUCACAACUUGGGCUGUGUGUGGUGUUUCUUGGCAACUGGAACGCAGACUCCUCCAGCAGCUCCACAGGUCCCUUGUCCUCAGUGAGCAGAAGACUACAGAAGCUGGCUGCUGAAGAGGCUGUCCAAGUGAGAGAGCUCCUCCUUGGCUUUGCUUAUCAGCACACUGACCACAGAGCAUUAACUGAGUGCUGGAUGUUAUUCACUUGUGCUCCCUACCUCCAGGGACUGUAGAGGGAUUUUCCAGGCCCCACUUCACAGGGGGCCGCCCUGUAAGGAUCUCCCUAGGAGGCUGUCCAUAGAGAGAAGUGGCCUGCCUAGGGUCUCCACUGCCUUAAGUCCUACGUGGACACCUCCAGGGCUGAGGGGCUCAAUAGC